GUAAACAACUUUUUGAUGACCGGACCAAAGGCGUUCCUGACAUAUUCCAGCAGUGUUGCUGCUGGGGCUGAGUCCGGGAUUGAGGAAUGUAAACACCAGUUCACCUGGGACCGCUGGAAUUGUCCAGAGAGCGCAUUGCAACUCUCAACACACAAUGGUCUUCGGAGCGCUACUAGAGAAACGUCCUUCGUGCAUGCAAUAAGUUCUGCAGGUGUCAUGUACACCCUGACGAGAAACUGCAGUAUGGGGGACUUUGAUAACUGCGGAUGCGAUGAGUCUAGAAGCGGUGAGGCUGGUGGACGGGGCUGGGUUUGGGGAGGAUGUAGUGACAAUGUUGAGUUUGGAGAACGAAUUUCUAAACAGUUUGUCGAUGCUUUGGAGACAGGACAGGAUUCGAGAGCUGCCAUGAACCUCCACAAUAACGAAGCAGGAAGAAGGGCUGUCAAAGAGACCAUGAAGAGAACCUGCAAGUGUCAUGGCGUGUCAGGGAGCUGCAGUAUCCAGACUUGCUGGCUCCAGUUAGCUGAUUUUCGCGACAUAGGGAACUUCCUAAAAGUGAAACACGAACAAGCUGUGAAAAUCGAUUUGGAGAAGCGGCGCACGAAAGGAGGGAAUAGCGCGGAUAACCGGGCAGCGAUCGCGGAUGCGUUUAGAGCAGUGCUCCGAACAGAACUUGUCUACUUGGAAGACUCUCCUGAUUACUGCGUCCGGAACGUCUCACUGGGAUUGCAAGGAACAGAAGGAAGGGAAUGUCUCCAAAGUGGCAAGAACCUCUCUCAGUGGGAGAGAAGGAGCUGCAGACGGUUGUGCGGAGAGUGUGGACUCAAGCCAGAGGAGAGGCAGACGGAGAUCAUCAGCAGUUGCAAUUGCAAGUUCCAUUGGUGUUGUACUGUGAAAUGUGAGCAAUGCAAACAAAUCGUAACCAAACAUUACUGCUCUCGGCGAGAGAGGAACAGAUCUUUCAACAAUAAGCGUAAAAAUCGGGCCCGGAAUUGGUGAGACCCCACCCCACCCUCAUGAACUCCUUCAAAAUGACUUUUUUUUAAAAAAAAAACCAACGCUAGACU